AUGGGUGCACCUACAGAACAAGAUUCCACCCCUGAGAUUGAGGCCGUCGGUUCGCAUGACGUGGAAGCGUCAAAGGCGAAGUCUGUCGGUGAUGGCAAAGACGGCGCGGAAAUUGAAGCCGCCAGUGUCGAUGAAGGCGAGAAGGGAUCCUACAGCAAGCUCUCCGUAUGGCUGAUGGUCCUGUUCUCAGGUCUCGCCAUCGGAUCUGACGGCUACAAUGCUGCUGUUAUCGGCAAUGUGGAGCUGCUUUUGGCAAUCAUCUAUCCAGAUGACCUCACAUCCUCCAUUUACACACGCCUUAGCAACGCGUUCCUGAUUGGUAUGAUCAUCGGGAUGCUCUUCUUCGGCGUCGUGGUCGAUCAGCUUGGUCGCAAGACUGGCGCCGUUGCCACCACGAUUCUCCUCGUGCUGGGUAUCGCCCUGUCAGCUGCUGCAAAUGGAACGUCUCCGACUGGCCUUUUCUGGAUGCUCAUCGUCGCACGAGGUGUCGCUGGUGUGGGCGCGGGAGGAGAGUAUCCCGUGUCCGGUGCUGGUGCGGCAGAAGCCACGGAUGAGAGCGGCAAGUACCGCAAGCACAGAGGCUUCAUGUUUGCCAUGCUCGCCGACUUAUCUUCCGCGUUGGGCUAUGUUUGGGGUGGCCUCGUCCCCUUGCUGUUACUCCUUUGCGUGGGAAAAGACGAAAGCAAGUAUGGCAUUGUGUGGCGCACCGCUUUUGCUCUCGGAGCCGUGCCACCAUUAGGCAUCUUCUGGUUUCGCAUGCGCAUGGCUGUCGCCACUGCGUAUCGCAAGUCUGCCAUGCGGAAGCAGCGUGUGCCAUACUGGUUGGCUCUCAAAAGGUACUAUCGGCCACUUAUCGGAUCCGCAACCUGCUGGUUCCUUUACAAUUGGAUUUCCAUCCCAUUCGGCAUUUUCAGUUCCACAAUCAUCAACCGGACAAACCCCGGCGGGGAUUUGGUCAAGAACCUAGGCUGGGGUGUUCUAAUCAACUGCUUCUACAUCCCUGGACCAUUCAUUGGCGGCUACCUGUCUGACAGGAUUGGUCGACGGCAGACAAUGGCCCUCGGCUUCUUCCUACAGGCCAUCCUAGGUUUCAUACUCGGUGGAGCCGUCGGGCCUAUACAGACUAUCUUCCCGUUGUUUGUCGUGUUGUAUGGCAUUUUCAUGACGCUCGGAGAAGUCGGCCCUGGCAGGCAAGUCUUCUCAGGACCCCCUGGAAUUGAGACCGUGUGUGUUAAUCUCUCCAACAGUACCGUCGUCCUCACGGCAUCAGAAUGCUUUCCGACGUCUAUUCGUGGUCAAAUGAUGGGCUUCAUCGCCGCCUGGUCCAAGGCGGGUGCCGCCAUAGGCACGCAAGUAUUUACCGCGAUACUCAACUCUUACAGCGACAACCCUGGCAAAGGCGAUCAGGUCGCGUUUCUCAUUGGAUCGGGCUUUGCCGUACUGGGGGCUUGUGUCGCUUUCUUUGUCAUUCCAGACGUCUCGCGGCGACUUGAUGACGACGACGCCGCGUGGAAGGUGUAUUUAGCAGACCACGGAUGGGAAGCAACAUGGGGUGAUACGGAGACGAAAGACCCGGUGGGUGUCAUCAAGGCCCAUGCAACAGAUUGA